AUGGAAAAUGCAGUUGAUGUCUGCAAGAUGGAAUUCCUGAGAAAUAUGAAUUGCUUACGAGGUGAUCAGCCUGAAGGGCUACACGUCGUGGGCCAUCGGUCUCACUGUGGCAGCCCUCGGGCGCGCUGUCAUCCGCAACACCGAGGAGAUCAACGCCCCCUCCGUCUUCGCAAAGAAUACCUUACAAAAUAUUAUAAUCAAAAAAUAUUAUUUUCCUGCUCAUUUAAUGAAAACAAAAUGUUAUACACCAAUUAUAUGAUAAACAAAUGUUAUAUAAUUUGUAAUAUUCAAUCAAAAUCAAAAUGUGUGCUACAUACAGAGGAAUUUUGUAAAGAAAGUAACUUCAUUUGGUCAUGUUCAAAUUCUUUGCAUUCAGAAGUCUUUGGGCGGGAGUUCACGAGGGAAGAUCUAGAUUCGCUCUUUCAGCUGGCCAACAGCGCAGUGGCCAAGUCGCUAACUGAACCUCAGUCUGCGUUUCGUACUGCAGGUGACGGGUCGUGGUCGGGGAGGGGCGAUUCUGGAACAUUGUUUUGUGGACAAGUGCGUCGUGUUCUCGAAAUGUCUGAAAGAUUGCGAAGAUAAGUAAAAUGAAUUUCAAGAACUUCAGAGGAAUUUAUACUGCUUCUGAAUUACUACUGCAUUGUUGGGAAUAUUCGUCAGCAAAUGUCACCCGGCGGCUACAAACCAGCACGAUGUGCCGCAGAUUACGCCGUGAGCGCCAACUCGCGGCUGAUCGUCGUGACCGUCGGCGCCCGUAGGAAGCCGGGAGAGUCUAGACUGGCUUUGGUGCAGAAGAAUGCCGACAUGUUCAAGAAGAUAAUUCCCGAUCUGGUGAAGCACAGUCCCGAUUGCAUAUUGCUGAUCGUCACCAACCCAG